GUCUGUUAUCGCGAACAGCUGUUCCGGCUCGGUGCUCAUGUAAUCGGUGCAUUUCUCAGAUUUUUAUUUUACUUAAAUAUUCUAUUAAAACCCGAAGAAUGCUGCGUCGCUUUGUGCAAGUGGGUGCCCGGGAACUGCGGCGGACACAGUCCACUGCUGCCGCUCCCGAGAAAUGGGACCUUUACGCCGGCGUGCUCGUUGAGCGACUGCCAGUGGUCUCGAAGAGCCUGAAUCCUCUGGAGAAGCAGUUCCAGGACAUGCUGUGGCGCGUGGAGUACGAGAACAGUCUGAAAUCCGACCACGAACUUAAGCACGAGCGAGAGAUCGUUCAGGCUGAGCUGAUUAAGAAGGGCAAGGUGCAGGUGGACCUCGAGGACAGCGGGGCGAAGCAAACGGCCCAGGAUCUAAAGGACGCCUACGUCGAGGAGCUGAAAAAGUUCCAGCUGGGCUCACGCACCACGCCCGAUGACCAGGCGAACAAGACCAGUUCCACGGACCGCUGUCUGGAGCAGACGCUUUACCUGCUCGUCCAGCAGAAACUGGGCCAGCAGCAGCACUUGCUCCUGCCCCAGGGCAAGCGUCAGGAAGGUGAAACCAUGCGCCAGACGGCUGAACGCGUGCUCCGGGAGCAUUGCGGCCAGGAGCUGCAUGUGCUCUUUUACGGCAAUGCCCCUGUAGGCUUCCACAAGUACAAGUAUCCAGCCAAUCAGCGGACGGAGAGCACCGGAGCCAAGGUGUUCUUCUACCGGGCAUCACUGCGAUCGGGACAGGUGGCGGCGGAGAAGCAACAGCCCAAGUUCGAGUGGCUGCCAAAGGAGGCUCUGAACGGGAAGCUAUCGAAUGCUGCCUAUGCGGAAAGCGUUAACAAGUUCUUAUUAUAAUCGUGAUUGUUAAUUCUGUUUUGAUAUCUAAUGAAUAAAUUUAAAGAUUUACGUGGA